AUGAGUUACGAGACGCUACAGGUACGUCCGACUACAGUAAGCAGUCCGCGUGAGCUCCAUUCUGUAUGGCAUAGUAUACCCACCUACACUACAUACAGUAUGGCGUACGCUCACACUACAUACAGUAUGACGUACGCUCAUACUACAUACAGUAUGGCGUACGCUCACGCUAUAUACGGUAUAACGUACGCUCACACUACAGUACACUCGCACUACAUACAGUAUGGCGUACACUCCCACUACAUACAGUAUGGCUACACUCGCACUACAUACAGUAUGGCGUACACUCCCACUACAUACAGUAUGGCGUACGCUCACACUAUAUACGGUAUGACGUACGCUCACACUACAGUACACUCACUACAUACAGUAUGGCGUACGCUCACACUAUAUACGUACACUCACACUACAUACAGUAUGGCGUACGCUCACACUAUAUACGGUAUGACGUACGCUCACACUACAGUACACUCACACUACAUACAGUAUGGCGUACGCUCACACUAUAUACGGUAUGACGUACGCUCACACUACAGUACACUCACUACAUACAGUAUGGCGUACGCUCACACUAUAUACGGUAUGACGUACGCUCACACUACAGUACACUCACUACAUACAGUAUGGCGUACGCUCACACUAGCUGCCCGACGCUCCACAUACUCCUGUCCACUCACCACCACACUGAGUCACUCGCACACUACUACACUGACACUCACUGGGGACGUAACUACUGGCUGUACAAGGCAAUAA